UUCUUGUACAACACUACAACUAUGAUGUAUUUGUUUGGUCGGAUGUUUAAUUGCACUUGAGAAAAAAAUCAUUAACAAGGUUACAACAGAGAUGGAUUUUAAAAUUUUACUAGUACUGUAUAUGAUUUGGAAUUCUAAUGACAUAUCAUUUGGCAUAUGAUUGGAGCUUACAGAUGUAGAUUUUGAGCUAAUUCUCUAUGGCAAUAUCAGAUAUUUUGUUCUGAUCUCUCCGAGGAGGAGACAUUAUUAAUUUAUGUUAGUAAAAUGAGCAUCGUUUAAACAAUUAUAAAGGACAUGUCAACCUUCACGCGUUCACAAGCACAACUUGGCUGCUGUGAUACAGUCACAUAAAAACUAGUGUUUAAUAUUGAAUCAUAUAAGUUAGGCAAUUUUUAAUUCGGUAUGAGUUGUUGUCGACGGUAAGUUGUAUCUGUAUUAAAUCAUUGUUAAUUACCAGAGCUUCGACCUGGUCCUUGAUGAAACGCACAUAUUUUGUUGUAUCUGUCGCACACUCAUCUUUUCUCGCCAUGCAUUAUCUCCAUUCAAAGUUGCAUCAAUUAAGAAUAACAAGUUGUAAUAAAAAAAACAUCACAGAAAGACAUGGCCGAGGAUCUAAAACGAAUUUAUGUAUUUCCUUUUUUUGUGCAACUAAUACUACUAAAUUACUAAUUGAUGUCAUACCAAAUAAAUAUGAGGAAGUCUAUAAGCUGUUUAUUGCCAGUGAAGUGGACCACGUUAUGUAUUUUAAGUACAUUAAAUGCUGCAUAUCGAAAUGUAUCGCAAUGCCGUCCAUCAUCAGCAAUGACCAUUCUUCAAAUUGUCGGUAGAUAAGUUUAGGAUUGAUAGUAUAAUUUUCAUUGUUGAAUUUUUAUUUCGAAUGUAUCUAUCUACUGACUUUUGUGUUACUCUUUUGGCUUUAUUCUAUUUUUUUCCCCUACACAUUGGUCACUAAGUUCAAAACAAACAUCAUACACAAUACCAAUAUCUGAAAUUAUUAUUUAUCAACUAGAAAAACUGGGGCCAUCCCGGUUCAGCACCUACUUUCACCAAUUAAAAUGUUAUCAGUCCACUGUUUAAACUUUUUUAUGAAAACUUGAUCAAUAUAUUAAUUAAAAAAAGUCGCAUUUCAGAUUUUAUAUAUUUUAAAAAAAUUCAUUAUAAGUGAUAUUUUUCUAAUGGGAUAUAACCUUACAAGCAAUCUAAAAAUAUUUUUCUUUACCUAGAAAUAUAGUACUUUUUUUGUUUCUGUUGAAUAAGAGCAACCCCAUUGAGGGUUUUAAACAGGUUCAUGUGCUCAGGUUUUAAGGCCUUUUGGAUAAAAAUAAAUGAGAAAUUGGGUUUAAUGUGGCGACCCGCCUCUUACCUGUGAUCCCGUCCGAUACGGGUUCAGCACAGGUGUCGCAUUCUGAUUGGUGAAGGGGAGUAGAGGUCACGUGCUUGAACGCGGAGAGAGAAUCAUUUCUCUCAUUUUUGCGAGAAAGCUAGGGUUUGCUCUGUGUGGCGAUUUCAUUUGCGACGCCGAGCUCUCACCCAUUUUCUCCCCUUUUCUCGACCGAUUCGGCGCCGGAGUGUCUCCUCCAGGACCAGAGGUGAGUUCCGAGUCGAUUGACGUUUAGAUAUUAGCCUUCUGUUGUCGAGAUCGCCAUUGUGAAUUGUCAAAAGAUUUUAUGAUCUCGGGUUAGGGUUCGAAAUCGAGAUGUGUUUGGAUCUAGGGUUGUAUAACCUCGUCUACGGGUUCUAUUUAUCGAUUAAUGGUCCGAGAUUUGCGGAUUGAAAAUCCAAUAGGGGUUUUCGAAUAAGGGUUAAAAAAAAAUUUGGGGGUUUCGAUUUGUGGUUUGAUAUAUUAAACUGGGUUGGAUAGACGGUUGGUAUGAUCGUAUUUUUCAUUUUUUUUGUGCUAAUCAAUUCUUGUUUUGUGCUUUAGAUGGAUCCCGCAGAUGAGAGAACAGAUUGUAAGAGGAAACUGGAGCACAUAGACCUCCUGAGAUACGUUUCCGAUUCCGAACAUGGGAUGCCCAAAAGAUGCGCUUGUGGUGGGAGAAUGAUACACGAGGUUCGAGUGAAGGAUGAGUUCGACACUCAGCCAGGGAAACGCUUCUUCAGCUGUGUGAACUAUGAGGUUAGAUACAAACCCUGUUACCCAGUUGAAUUAUUAGAUAGAAACCUGUGCUUUAGUUCAAUAUUUGGAAUGUGUUGUCUGAUGUGUUUAUUGUUUAACCAAGGCUGAUGGGUUACAUUAUCGCCAGCCUUGGGUUUGUGGUGUGCAGGAGGAGAUCGAAAUGCUGCGUAAGCGUGUGGAGGAGGCUGAUGAGGUGAUCAAGUCGGUGCCAAUGCUGGUUGAGAGUGUCGAGGCACAAGUUAAAAGGCUGAGUUUGCUGCUUGAUAAGCUCACUGGUGACGUGUAUAACCUCACAGUGCAGGUGGCUGCUCUGGAGAGGGUGUGUUUCGAGUGAAAUCCAAACAGGUAAACACAGAAACUAAACCGAAGUAGUUAUUUCCGUGUACUGAUAGGUGUGUUGGUUGCUGUAGUUGAACUGAAACUUAACUAGGAACUCAUCUAGGUUCAUUUAAUAUGUAGAGUAGUAUCUGUACUAGAUUAUAACUAUGAACUCACCUAGGUUAAUUUAAAUGGGUGUUGGUUGGUUGCUGUGAUGAAUGGUCAUUAAAAAUAUUGAUUUGAUGUGUAAUGAAUACAUUUUGUGAACUACUUCAUCUGUAAUUAAGGCUAAUGAAUGUUUGGUAGUUAGAGACACAAAGGAAGUAAAUCCUUUUUAUAGAUACUGAAACAACCACUGUAAACACAAACCAUCUUUUACAAAUCACUCUAGCUCACCACGGUCUUGUGAAAACUCCCAAAAACCUGAAACCACAAUGGAUCACUUUUCUCUUAAUUCUGUCGGGUUUGUGAACCUAUUAUCUUCCCAGUGCACUCAAACCACUCAAAACACUCAAAACACUCAAAACACUCAAACCACUCAAACCAUAGAUGUAGGGUCCUCAAGUGUUCCUAAACCCGUAGAGAGGAGAAAGUGGACAACACAAGAGGACAUUGUCCUCAUCAGUGCCUGGUUGAACACCAGCAAGGAUCCCAUAGUUAGUAACCAGCAAAAGUUAGGUUCGUUUUGGAAAAGAAUAGAGGAUUAUUUUAAUUCAAGCCCUCAGCUCACUGGCGCUGUUCCUAGAGAGUGGAGUCAGUGUAAGCAGAGGUGGGGAAUGAUUAAUGAGCGGGUUUGUAAGUUUGUGGGAAGCUAUGAGGCGGCUUUGAAGGAGCAAGGUAGUGGCCAAAAUGAGAACGAUGUCAUGAAGUCUGCUCAUGACAUCUUCUUCAACGACUACGGGACGAAGUUCAAUCUUGAACACGGCUGGAGGGAGUUGAGGUUUGAUCAAAAGUGGAGAUCCAACUCUGUCUCAAAAGAUGGUGCAAAGGAGAAACGGAAGGAAGCUGCAGAGUCAGUCCCUGACUCGGAUGAGGCUAGGCCUCCUGGUGUCAAGGCUUGCAAAGCAGCCAAACGCAAGAAAAAGGGGAAUGAAGCAGCCUUUGAUCGACUAGAAACCAUUCUAGACUUGAAACGCAACCUAGCCAAACAAAAAAUUCUAGAUCGUCUCCUCUCUAAGAAACAUGAAACUCUAACUGAUUGUGAGGUGGCUCUUAAGGAGAAACUCGUUUCUGAGAUGCUCUAGGUGAUAACUUUGUUCAUUACAUGAUGAGGAUUUUCACAACUGCUUGUGCUUGUGCUUAGUUGAGGAUUUUCACAACUGCUUGUGCUUAGUUGAGGAUUUUCUUAGUUCAUUAGUUGAUUCUUUUGUUCAUUACUUGAUAACUUUGUUCAUUACAUGAUGAUUUUGUUGAUUACUUGACUUUAACUUAUAUUCUUCUGUCUCGUUUUACAGGUGAAGGUUGUUGGUUGUGGAGGUCACGGGUUCUACAAGGUUUGUUGGUUUUACAGGUCACGGGUUGUUGGUUGUGGAGGUCACGGGUUCUACAAUGUUUAGUCUGAGGUUGAUGGGUCAUCUCACGGGUUGUACUACUGAGAAAACAUGUGCUCAGGUCACGGGAGAAACUCGUUUGUUUUUUUUUUUUAAUGAUGUACUUGUCGCGGAUGAUGUCGAGAAAGACACUAUAUAAUCUAUCUCUCAUUUUAUGCAUUGCUCUCAUCUUCAUCUCGAUCUAUUCUCUCAAAACAAUCAGAACAAAACCAUCUAUCCAAUCUCUUCUCUGUAAUUAAUCAGCAACACUGAAGCACACAUAAGCCCACAUCUCGAAUUUGGUAAUUCCUUUCAGACAGCAUCUCUUCUCUAGUAAGCACACUCACACACUUUGCUUAAUCAACAACACUGAAGCACACAAAACAGUCAACUAACUUUUUUUCACUCUCUUUGUUUCUAAAUUAAUCAGACUAUAAUAUAUAUGGGAAUUGUAAAAUGUCAUCAUAUAUUGUUCUAUCUCCAUUUGAAAAACCCAUAUUUAUUGUUCUAUCUGCAAAAUAUUAAAAAUAAUAAUUGCAAUAUGAAAAAAAAAACUCACUUUUAUUGUUGUAUCUCCAUUUGAAAAUACCACAUUUUUUCUUAAAUCACAUUUAUUGUUCUAUCUCCAUUUGAUUUAUUUAAAAAAAAAAAUUCAUCUAUCUCCAUUUUUCUUAAACUCCAUUCAUAUAUUGUUCUAUCUCCAUUUUUUCUUAAUCCAUUUUAUAUUUUCUUAUCUAACUAUUCUUUUUUAUCUUAAAAUCAAAGGUAGCCAAAUAAUGUCGUCCUCAUCAUCCGAUGGAGUAGAUGAAGCUUUUGAAGAAUAUUUUGACGAAGAAUUUGAUAAUAUCCUCAACUCCCUACUUGAUGAACAAGCCACCAACCCAAAGAAACGAAAUUAUAUCGAAAGAGAUCGGGAACAGGGCCACAUUCAACUAUGGAACGACUAUUUCGACGAAAAUCCUACUUACACAACGGACAUGUUUAGGCGGCGUUUUAGAAUGAACAAACCAUUGUUCCUUCGCAUUGUCGAGCGGCUAACUACAGGUGUUCCGUACUUUCAGCAACGAGUAAAUGCUCACGGAAGGAAAGGGCUCUCACCACUUCAAAAAUGUACGGCAGCUAUACGUAUGCUCGCAUAUGGUCAAUCGGGAGAUACGUAUGACGAAUAUCUGCGACUCGGUGACAGUACUGCUCUUUUAUGUUUGGAUCAUUUUACUAAUGGGAUAAUACACUUUUUUGGUGAUGAGUAUCUAAGAAUACCUACGGCAGAAGAUCUUCAACGACUACUCGAUAUUGGAGAGGCACGCGGGUUUCCCGGGAUGAUUGGCAGCAUUGAUUGUAUGCAUUGGGAGUGGAAAAACUGCCCAACGGCUUGGAGAGGGCAGUACACACGAGGUUCAGGAAAGCCGACAAUUGUCUUAGAGGCUGUGGCAUCAGAAGAUCUUUGGAUAUGGCACGCAUUUUUCGGAUUACCAGGUACCCUUAACGAUAUCAAUGUUCUUGAUCGGUCUCCUGUUUUUGAUGACAUUAUCAAAGGUCGAGCACCUAAAGUUAAAUUCAAGGUCAACAACCACACUUACCGUAUGGCGUACUACCUUACUGACGGAAUUUAUCCAAAUUGGUCGACAUUUAUCCAAUCUAUCUCACUUCCUCAAGGUGAUAAAGCAGAGCUGUUUGCUAAACAUCAAGAAUCCACCAGAAAAGAUGUCGAACGAGCUUUUGGGGUAUUGCAAGCGAGGUUUGCAAUAGUCAAAAACCCAUGCCGACUAUGGGACAAGGAAAAGUUAGGGAAGAUUAUGAGAUGUUGUAUCAUAUUGCACAAUAUGAUUGUGGAGAACGAACGAGGCAAAUACAGUCUAACUGAUACUUCUCAGUUCGAGUCAGGAGAGUCGAGCAGAGGUUCGAAGGUCACAAGGCGAGAAAGUUUGCAUUCCACUAACAUGCUAGGCAUGCGCAAUGAAGUUCGAGAUUCAGGAAAACAUGACCGUUUGAAAGCUGAUUUAGUUGAAAAUGUAUGGCAAACAUUUGGAAACGAUCAAUAAUCUUUGUAUGUUCAUCAAUUAUCAAUUAUCAAUGUAAUGAAUAAAUUUUAUUUAAAAAAUUUAUUGCAUAAUAUUUUAUACAUGUUUUCAAAAUAAUUUCAAAACAAAAAAAAAAAUUAAAAAAAUAUUAUUUAAUUCCUGUGAACCC